GCCACAGGGGCGUGGCUCUGAUUACCAGCGUGCUCGUAUCUCGUAUGUUAUGACACCGCUUUCGAGUGGAAACGAGUAGAAUCGUACCGAUGUCUUUCUACCGAAACACAGUUUGGCUCCUGAAGGGUCUACAGGAAUAUACGAAGGGCGGUUAUGAAGCAGCAGAAAGGCGCUUCAGCGCGGCGGAUCUAGAGGUGAGUGUGAGCGGCCGCUCGUUCAUCAUCACCGGAGCGAACAGCGGCAUCGGUAAAGCCGCCGCCUGCGAAAUCGCAAAGAGAGGUGGGACAGUACAUCUGGUGUGCAGAAAUAAAGAUCGUGCGGAGGAUGCAAGAAAAGAGAUCGUGGAGCAAAGUAAAAAUGAGAAUGUCCAUAUUCACCUAGUUGACAUGUCCAACCCCAGGAAAGUGUGGGAGUUUGCCAAUGGAUUCUCUCGGAAACACAAUCUACAUGCUUUGAUCAAUAAUGCGGGUUGCAUGGUCAAUCAAAGAGAACUGACUGAGGAUGGUCUGGAGAAAAACUUUGCAACAAACACACUUGGGACUUAUAUACUGACGACAGCACUGAUUCCCACACUGAAGAAGUCAGAGAAUCCCAGAGUGAUCACCGUGUCAUCUGGUGGGAUGCUGGUUCAGAAGUUGAAUGUGGAGGACCUUCAGUUUGAGAGAGACUCUUUUGAUGGCACUAUGGCUUAUGCACAGAACAAGAGGCAACAGGUGAUCAUGACAGAGCAAUGGGCAGCUCAGCACAAAGAAAUCCACUUCUCAUCCAUGCACCCCGGCUGGGCAGACACCCCAGCGGUACGGUCAUCCAUGCCAGAUUUCUAUGAGAAAAUGAAGAAUAAGCUCCGUACUGAAGCUCAGGGCGCUGACACAGUGGUGUGGCUGGCCAUAUCGGAUGCUGCCAGCCGACAGCCCAGUGGCCUCUUCUUCCAAGACAGAAAAGCGGUUUCUACGCAUCUGCCGCUGGCCUUCUCCAGGUCUUCUCCAGCUGAAGAACAGAAGCUGAUGAGCAAGCUUGAGGAGCUCGCUGUGAAAUUCAAGUGUUAAUCGGUUGAGUUAAUGGCCAAAUCAUUCCUCACAGAGACUGUGAUAUUCAUUCUUAAUAAUGGUGAGAAUUGCAGAGAUGUGAGAAGCUUAUGAUUUCUAUACCACAAAGAUUAACCAAAGUGAGCUAAAAUGUAUAUUUGAAAUAUUUUAAACUUAUGGUCCAUUCUUCUGAACAAAUACACUCCUAAUUAUUUUUUAUUAUACUAGUUUGAGGCAAGCAACUAAUACACCCACUUCUGCUUUUGGAAUGGCACUUUUGAGUUUCCUGAUGUAAAAUGGCGUCUAUGGUUAACAUUAUUCAAAUGUUUUUCUACAUAUAUUGCACACAGUCAUACCUCAAACAUGAAAAACAUAAAUGUUAAAGAUGUUUUUGUAAAACUUUUACAAUAAGGUUCAUUAGUUAACAUGAACUAAUAAUGAACUGCACUUCUACAGCAUUUAUUAAUCUUUGUUAAUGUUAAUUUCAACAUUUACUAAUACAUUAUUAAAAUCUUGUUAACAUUAGUUAAUGCACUGUGAACUAACAUGAACAAACAAAGAACAAAUGUAUUUUCAUGAACUGACGUUAACGAAGAUUAGUAAAUACAGUAACAAAUGUAUUGCUCAUGGUUAGUUAAUACAUUAACUAAUGUUUAACUAAUGAACCUUAUUGUAAAGUGUUACAGAUGUUUUUUUUUUUGUUUUGUUUUUUAGAAAGGUACUAAAUGAGGAAUACAGCUACCGCAAGGUUUUGAGUUUGCAUGCUUGAUGAAUUGGACAACAUUGCAGACAUUGCAUCAGCAGAUUAUUUGAUUCAUAAAUCUAAAACUGCUGUUCCAUAAAACCCAUAAAAAAUGAGUAAUUUUCUAAUUAGCCUUGCGGGCUGGCCUAGAAACUGACAUCAAAAAAAUGAACAGCUGUCUGAGAACAUCAUAUACCACACUACCUAUAACCUGUACUCAUACUAUUAUGAAAAUAGAUGACUGUGGAACAAAUAAAAGUGAAGAUGAACAGGUGUGUUUUUCCCCUUAUACACACUUACAAAUGAGUUUACAAUUAACUAGCUAAUUAUUAACUAAAAAAUACUGUAUUUUUAUGUCAAUUUGUGGCUAUUGACAUGAUUUUUAAUAAAAGAUAAUAACAAUGAA